UAUCAGUCGUGCCUAUUUCUGUGUGCUUCGAACUCUAUUUACAGCGAUUCGUGCAGUGCUCCUUUUUAUUUUUGAAUCGCUGUUCACGCUUUUUCGCACAGGCAGUGUAUAUAUUUACUUGCUUCGACUGCCAGUUAGUUCGUGUAGUGCGUAGUUAAUCGUUGCCGUAUCGUGUCCUAUGUUGUGUAGUGCUUAAUAUUGAGAUUCAGUCACCAUGCCGACGAAUGCAGUGUAUCAGCCUACGACAGUGACUUACGAACAACAACCAAAUGACCAGCGCUGGAAUUGCCCCAUCAGCUACUUCUCACGCCGUGUGACAAGCAGCCUGAAUCGAGCAGUUUGUUUACGAAUUGGUCUAUGCUUAUUGGGAAGCACUCUUUGCGUCAUUGGCUUAGCACUACUGAUCGCGGGCGGCGUGCAGUACUCCAACACGCCGGCGCCAACGACGCCAGACAGCGGCGACAACGGGCUCGGCACACUCAUCGCAGGUGGAGUGUUGCUCUUUGUUGGACUCAUCUUUGCUAUCGUGGGAGUUUGGGCCUGGUCGUCAAGACUGGGCGGUGGCAAGGAGGCGCCGGCCAGCGGAGCCGCCGCGCUGACCGCCCUGAACCCCUCGACGGACCCGCUGGUGGCGGCGCAGUACGCGCCCGUGCGCGACGCGCCGCCCGCGCCUGAUGACGAGAUGCGCAACCUCAUGGACAAUAAGGAAUGCUUGAGCAGCGCGGAGGAGAGCGACAAAAUGUUGGAUGGAAGGCCGUCGGUGGCGUAAGAAAUAUAUAUUUACGAUGUUAUUCCUUUACGAGCUUAGGCUAGUCCUCUAUGUCCCUCUAUAUUAUAAAACACGUACAAGUGGUAUUUUUGAUACAUUUCCAUCGACAUAUAUUAUGUAACAUAGAAAUUAUUUUUAUGAUAAGUCAGAUGCAAGCAAGUCUUGUACUUAUGUAUCUAAAAAAAUUCUUAAUGUAUCUUUAAUGCCACACUUACGUGUUGUGACGUGUCCAUAAAUUUAAGAUUGCAUUUUGUGGUACAAAUAGAAGUACUGGUGGUGAAAGUGUCCCACGGAUAUCGUUUGUUAUUCAAGAAUAAUGUGUGCAUGUCUGUGUGGAUAAUGGAUAUACUUUAUAUUUAUAAUGCACUUUAUUUUACAAUCAUCUUUGUUCCCUUUGAAUGGUAAGCUGUCUCUUUGGCUGGUUUAGAUAAAAGCAUGCACAAUCGUGUAUAUCACAUAACGACAUUGAAAUGUAAGAGAAUUUUAACAAGUAUUCUUGUAUGAAGUGUUCAGAUAACCUUAUUUAACGUUAUAAUAUGAAUACGAUAGGAAUAUAUUCAAUUAGACGAUAUACGCCGUGUGUAGUACCGCCAGGAGUUGUACACCCAUUGCAAUGUAGGUAUGAAGCUUCGGUAAGAUUUGUCAUAAUUGAUAACGAAUAAUUAGUAAAAGACAAGUGGCCAAAUUAACGUCCAGAAUUAUAUUGUUUAAUGUGGAUAGCUGUGUAAGAUAUGAAAUAUCAAAAUUCACAAACACUUUUAAAUGUGUUACAAUAUCUUAUUCCAUUGAAGAUUGUAUAUUUUUUAAUAUUAUUGAACUCGCGUGCGAAACAAACUUUCCAUAGUGUUUAGUUGAUUAAGUGUAUGUGCAAAAGACGUCAUUUUAUAUAUUAUUUAAAUAUUUUCACAUUUUGGUACAUAAUGUUAUGUAUCUAUGCUAUUGGUCAUACGCAACGUUUUGUUUUGUUGACACCGUCCUUUUUAGAAAUAAGAUAAAUGUGUGUAUUCGCGUGUGCAAGGCUGCUGCAAUAUGAACGGGGUGCAACGGAUUCUAUAAAGCAUUUCAUUUGCUUAAUUCUACAUUUUAUUAGGUGUAAUUGCGUCGCUUACGUGUGAAAAUUUCCGUUAGCGUUACGAUGCGAUUAUAAAAAUAUAAUUUCCAAUAUAUUUCUGGUUGUAUAUUCGUUCACACCCAAAUUUAUUUAUUUACAAAGUACUUAAUGUAGAAAUAUUCCUGCUAAACUUUUGUUUGGAAUUAUUUACAUGGAAUAAUCUUUUAAUGAAAUGUAAUUAUAUUUUCUUUUUUGAUAUUAAUUGAAAGCUCUCUUGUAUUGUAAACGAAUUAGUAUUAAAAUAACAUCACAAUGUAUAAUUUGAUUUAUUUGAAGGCGAUACAAAGUAUGAAUUCGUAUAUAAUAAGUAGGUACAUACAAUAAGUUAGUUGGCCAGGGUUAUAACCAACGGAUUAUUUAACGAAGAAAGUUGGUGAUAGUAUUCAUUCUGUACUAAAUAUACAUAGUUGUUUAUUGUGAUUGUUGAAUUAAUAGUGGUGGCCAUCAAUAUCGAUUAUAAUUAUUAUAACAAAAAAGUUAUCCUAUAUUAAGGGAAGGAAUUUAAUUAUGUAAAGUGUAAACGAAUAGAAUCAUUUUUUCGAAUAUUAUCUUUGUUCAGAUUGUCAUUUUGACAAAAUACAAUUAGAAUAAUCAUUAUUAUCGAAAUGCAGGUAGAUAUUUGUUUACAUUUAAUUUUUCCUUUCCAGAAUAUGCUAUAAGGUACCUAUGUAUUUUCAAAUUGUGUAUUCUGUGGAGGACUGUAUAGGAUAAUUAUUUUGGUAGUCUGAGUACAGUUAUUUGUAUUUUACAGUUAUUCUAUAAAUUCCGCUGUAAUGAAAAAUUCAUUGCGAUUACGUACUUAUUAAAUCUAAAUAUUGUAUAACUAUUAUAUUACUCAUAUGUAUUCUCUUUCAACUUUGUGUACAUCAGUACUACAGUACACCUUCCGUCUAUUUUUCUGAUUCAUUUCGUUAUAUUUUAUCUUUAUUAUUUCUUAAGGUGUGAUAAAAUUAUUUUCAUAUUUUAAAUUAUAAAAUAUUUUUUAUUUUUGUCCGUCAAAUAUAAACCUGUUAUUUUUAUGAUAAAGGUGAAGUUUCUUUUAUUACAAUUGGAUUUUGAGUAAUUGUUUACUGAUUUAAGUGCAAUAAAAUAUGUAAAACCCACGUUACAGUUAUUGGAAGAAAGUCUACAUGUCCGUUUUUUAAUUAAUUCGUGUGUACAACAUCGUAUUAAGUACUUAGUAUUAUCUAUCUCAAAUGUUUCAGUAAAUAAAAAUUCCAGACUUAA